AUGCGGUUCUCGAUGGAUGCGAUUCUCGCGUCGACAUCGAAGGAUGAACCGAAAGAUGCCGGUGAUUCUGAGCCGCCAAAACUCGAACCGCAGGUCAAUCUGAAUGAACGCGAUGAGGAAUAUGAGGAAUUUUUGAGGAGCUCGACGAGUAGCUCGGAGCCUGCCGAGGUUCGCUGCCAGAAAUCAAGAAAACGGUGUAGGUCCGACGGGGAUUCGAAUGAUGGUCCAGCAAGAAAAUUAGGAAAAAAUGAAUCAGAAAGCUCCGAGAGCCAAUCAUCGUCGGACGAGCACUUCCCGUUGAUCAAAUGCGAAAAGAACACCGAAGCUGACGAUGACGAUGAAGAUGAUGACGGGUCCGAUGAAGAUAACAACUCCGAAUCGAUGUCGAACAAAAAAAGCAAUCACGCGAAACCGGCAUAUUCGUAUAUCGCAUUGAUCGCAAUGGCAAUUCUGAAUUCCCCCGAAAAGAAAUUGACUCUUUCGCAAAUUUGCGACUUUAUAAUGAACCGAUUCGAAUAUUACAAAGAGAAGUUUCCAGCGUGGCAAAACUCGAUUCGUCACAAUUUGAGUCUGAAUGAUUGUUUUGUGAAGGUCCCUCGCGAACCAGGAAAUCCUGGCAAAGGCAACUAUUGGGCUCUGGAUCCAGCGGCUGAAGACAUGUUCGACAACGGCUCGUUUCUUCGUCGGAGAAAACGGUACAAGAAAAACUCCGAAAGUCAUGCCGAGAUGCCGCAUCCUCACAUUCCGUAUCCAUCGUUCAUUCCCCCGGCAAUUCUUCUACCGCCUCGAAUGCCCAUCCCACCGAUGCCACUUCUCCCACCACCGCCAAUGCAUCCGCGAAACAUUCCCGGCUUCUUCAUGCCCUCGCAUAUUGACCAUCAGAAGCUUCUUUCGAUGAUGGCUUCACGAAUAGUGCCUAAUGAAACACAAAUCAUCCAAAAUGGCGAUCAUGAGAAUGGCAAUUAG